UAGGGCACGUAAGCCCAACGUUUAGAAGUAGUGUUCAGGGAUUUAUCAACUGACUGGACACAUGGCAACUCUUAACGUGUCCUUUGUGGUACAUCUUCUGUGUAUAAUUGUUUUUUACCCGGUUGUGUAUGCUAAAUGCAGUGACCGAAAAGUGCAAAUAUAUUAUCUUUCUCAAACUCGCCAGACCCUCAAUGAUCUUGCCGAGGAGAGGUUACCAAGAGGCUGUAUCCCAGAAGCUGAAAGGUUAAGGGUCCAACGUCCAACGCUUCCAAUAGAGGAGGGGGAAAAGGCUUGGACACUGAGACUUGCGUUUCAACUAGCCAGCCAGCUCUUCCAACAAAACCUAACUCUUGUGAAAUGGAAUUCCGUCAAACUCAGGGACCUUCAAGACCUUCUUGCUCGACAAAAUAUGACCUAUUCGGAAUGUGUGAGAGACAUGAGUGUGCAUCUAAACCUUCCAAUUAAGAACUACUUCAAAGAGCUGGAAGACUUUCUUUUACAUGAGCGUUUCAGCGCGUGCUCAUGGGAGGUCGUGAGAGCUGAAAUGGGGAGCAUCAUUUUAAAAGCAAUCAAAAAUGCCAAGAAAUACGUGUGAGAGUAGCAUUACUUUUAGUUCAAAUCUGCAUUAAAAUGUAAUUUUGUUUAAUAUAUUAAGUGUGCCACGGUAACCUUUAUAUAUUUAUGUUAUUUAUCCGUUUUUGCAAAGAAUUGCCAUGUACACUAUAAUAUUUAAAUAAAAAGACAAACACGCUUUAUAUUGGGAUAAAUUGUGCUAGCAUUUUUGUAAAAUUGGGUGGUGUGAUGCAACUUUUUCGUUGAAAUGUCAUCCUAAAUAAUAUAAAAAGAUGUCAAAAUAAAAAUAUUCCUCCUGACAA